AUGAUAUCUAAAGCUAUCUUCUUUACAACAGCACUCCUAUUAGUGAGUGCACAACACUACGAACAAGGAAAUUAUGGUCACGCAACAUCUUCACAAUCUAUAAUCCGUCACGACAUUGCACAUAAUCAACAUGGAUAUAAUGUUCAACCAGCAUACCAUCAACCCAUUGCUAUUCACUCUGCCCCGGUUAUUGCUCAUGCUCCUGUGACCCAAUACGUCGCUCCUGUACAUCAUGUUGUCCCGCUUACUCAUCACGUUUCACCAAUCACAUAUAACGUUGCGCCUGCUCAUCGCUAUGCAACUGUUGCACAUGUUGCACCCGUCACACAUAAUAUCUCUCCACUUUCUCAUUACGUAAGACCUCAACAUCACAUUUCACCCAUAGCUUAUCAUGCUAGUCCUCAAUAUGCCCAUGGUCACCAGGACUACUACGCUCACCCAAAAUACGAGUUUGAGUACAGCGUACAAGACACGCACACUGGUGACAUAAAGUCGCAGCACGAAGCUCGCGAUGGUGACCAUGUAAGCGGCUUCUACAGCCUGCAUGAACCUGAUGGUUCCGUACGCACAGUACACUACAACGCUGAUGGACACAAUGGAUUCAAUGCUCAAGUUGAACAUACCGGCCACUCGACACACGUCCAGCCAGCUACACAUUACGCUCCUCAGUAUGCUCUUGCCCAUUUCCCCGUUUUCGCCGCUGUGCUGUUAGCAGCCAGUGCGCAGCAUUACCAACACCAACAAGGCCACGCAACAUCUUCUCAAUCCAUCAUCCGUCAUGAUAUCUCCCACAACCAACAAGGAUACAGUCAUGCACCAGUAGCCAUACACGCUGCCCCUAUUGUUCACCAAGCCCCUAUUGUCCACCAAGCCCCAAUUAUCCAGCACGUUGCCCCUAUUGCCCACGCCGCCCCAAUUCAGUACAACCAACUUGGACACGGCCAAGGUGGACAUGGACAUGUGGACUACUACGCUCACCCCAAAUACGAGUUCGAAUACAACGUACAAGACACACACACUGGUGACAUCAAGUCACAGCACGAAGCUCGCGACGGUGACCACGUAACUGGUUCCUACAGUCUGCACCAACCUGACGGUUCCGUACGCACCGUACAUUACAACGCUGAUGGGCACAAUGGAUUUAACGCGCAAGUGGAGAACUCAGCCCCAUCUACCCACGCCCAACCUGCACCAUCAGUGCACGCUGCCCCUAUCGCCUAUCAUCAGGCUCCAAUCGUUCACUCUGCUCCCAUCAUCCACUCUGCUCCGGUCGUACACUCUGCUCCUAUCGCUUACCAACGGACUCCAAUCAUACACUCAGCUCCCAUUGUCCACGCCGCCCCAUUGUAUCAAAAUCAACGCGCAUACUCUCAAGGACAUGAAGAAUAUGCUCACCCCAGAUACGAGUUUCAGUACAGUGUAGCUGACACCCACACCGGCGAUAUCAAGUCCCAGCACGAGGCUCGUGAUGGCGACCACGUGACCGGCUCCUACAGUUUACAUGAAUCCGACGGCACCGUCCGUACUGUACAUUACAGUGCUGAUGAUCACAAUGGCUUCAACGCCCAUGUUGAACGUUCUGGACACGCACAGCACGUCCAACCAGCACCUCAACAUCAACCCCACUAUGUUCUAGCUCAUCAUUAA